AUAACUUUUAUUUCUUUUCUCUCCACUAGACCUAAAACAAAAUGGGAUUGUUCAACAUCUUACUGAUUUGUGUCAUGGUAUUAGCCGUAUUUCACUCUUGUGAUGCUCAAAAUUCACCGCAAGACUAUCUUGCGGUUCACAACAAUGCCCGUGCCCAAGUUGGGGUAGGGCCAAUGUCUUGGGAUGUCAGCUUGGCAUCCCGAGCACAAAACUAUGCCAACUCAAGAACGGGUGAUUGCAACUUGAUUCAUUCGGGAUCAGGGGAGAACCUUGCCAAGGGCAGUGGCGACUUCACGGGGAGGGCAGCCGUGCAAUUGUGGGUGGCGGAGAAGCCAAACUAUGACUAUGCUACCAACCAAUGUGCUAGCGGACAAGUGUGUGGACACUAUACUCAAGUAGUCUGGCGUAACUCGAUCCGACUAGGUUGUGGUCGGGCUCGUUGCAAUAAUGGGUGGUGGUUCAUUUCUUGCAACUAUGAUCCUGUAGGCAACUGGCAAGGACAACGUCCUUACUAAAAUAUGUUUACUUAUGAAGGGUUGCUAGUAUUAAAUAAAAUUCCCAUAUGAGAUGUUUUAAGGGAUUAAUUGUAAGUCUAUUAUUGUUGUUUUCCUUUGAUGUUGCUACUUGCUAGUAUGAAUAAUUCCACGUACCAUAUGUUCAUGGUAUAAUGGACUUAAAGUUGAUAAUUAAGUAUGGAAAAAUACAUAAAGUUUUUUCCUAUUUUACUUUUCUAAAA